CUCGUGUCUUGGUGUAGUUGGGUCUGUCCAGCUAUAUGGUGUGUCUGUGUUCGGCAUGUCCUCGGCGUGUAAUGUGUGAUGCGCGUGUAUUAUUAGUGCGCAGGUAUGUGCGUGUAUCGUUUGCUUAUGUGUUGGAUGUGUGCGUUGUCAGGGCCCUCAAAUCUGUAGAAUAAGGGUAGUUUCCAAUUGGCUGUUGAAUGAGGAAAGUCGUAAUAGGGAAAAAAUCGCAAGAUGCAGAUUUCUCAAAUCAGACCCAGUCAGAGCCGUUGUUUGUGCUGCUCAGGCUCCCCGAUUUAAAAGGUUCUCUUACAAGGAAAUCAUAAUAAUAAACGGUUUGCUUCCCUUGGGCUAUUAUUCUGUCCCAGAGGCUGCACCUCUCUCCACCACCAGGAACACUUGGUGGCUGAGCCUCUUUUCUCCGAAAUGCAGACAGAGCUGAGCAGGAAAUUUUGUCCUUUCCAGAAGCCAACGUAGACACUGCCCAAGUAGCUCUUGCUCUGUUAUAGCAGGAACAAAAAAUGGACCACCUCCCUGUCAUUGACCUGUACUGAUGACAUUCAGAAAGACAUGUACAUCAUAAUUAAAGUAGCCAGACAGACACAGCACUGACUGUGUCACCACCACUGGAGCCUCUGUCCUGACAGGUAACAGACCAGUAAGUGACUCAUCAGAGAGUGGCAUGCUAUCCCGCCUGGGUGAUCUGCUCUUCUACACUAUUGCUGAAGGACAGGAACGAAUCCCUAUCCACAAGUUCACUACCGCACUGAAGGCCACUGGACUGCAGACAUCAGAUCCCCGGCUCCGGGACUGCAUGAGCCAGAUGCGUCGCAUGGUUCGAGAGUCCAGCAGUGGUGGCCUCUUGGACCGAGAUCUCUUCCAAAAGUGUGUGAGCAGCAACAUUGUGCUCCUGACCCAGGCAUUCCGAAGGAAGUUUGUCAUUCCUGAUUUUGAGGAGUUCACGAGCCAUGUGGAUCGCAUCUUUGAAGAUGCCAAAGAGCUCACUGGAGGCAAAGUGGCAGCCUAUAUUCCCCAGCUGGCCAAGUCUAACCCGGACCUGUGGGGUGUCUCCCUGUGCACUGUGGAUGGUCAGCGGCACUCCGUGGGCCACACAAAGAUUCCCUUCUGCCUGCAGUCCUGUGUGAAGCCCCUCACCUAUGCCAUUUCCAUCAGCACCCUCGGCACUGACUACGUGCACAAGUUUGUGGGCAAGGAGCCCAGUGGCCUACGCUACAACAAGCUCUCUCUCAAUGAGGAAGGAAUCCCUCAUAACCCCAUGGUCAAUGCUGGUGCCAUUGUCGUGAGCUCCCUGAUCAAGAUGGACUGUAACAAAGCAGAGAAGUUUGAUUUUGUGUUGCAGUAUCUGAACAAAAUGGCUGGGAACGAAUACAUGGGUUUCAGCAAUGCCACAUUCCAGUCAGAGAAGGAAACAGGCGAUCGGAAUUAUGCCAUCGGCUAUUAUCUAAAGGAAAAGAAGUGCUUUCCUAAGGGGGUGGACAUGAUGGCAGCCCUCGACCUCUAUUUCCAGCUGUGCUCAGUGGAAGUGACCUGUGAGUCAGGCAGUGUCAUGGCAGCCACCCUGGCCAAUGGCGGGAUCUGCCCCAUCACAGGAGAGAGCGUCCUGAGUGCUGAAGCAGUGCGCAACACCCUCAGCCUCAUGCACUCCUGCGGCAUGUAUGACUUCUCAGGCCAGUUUGCCUUCCAUGUGGGCCUGCCGGCCAAGUCAGCUGUAUCAGGAGCCAUCCUCCUAGUGGUGCCCAAUGUCAUGGGAAUGAUGUGUCUGUCACCUCCCUUGGACAAGCUAGGGAACAGCCAUAGGGGCAUCAGCUUCUGCCAGAAGCUGGUGUCUCUGUUCAAUUUCCACAACUACGACAACCUGAGGCACUGUGCUCGAAAGUUAGACCCACGGCGUGAAGGGGGAGAAGUUCGGAACAAGACUGUGGUGAACCUGUUAUUUGCUGCCUAUAGUGGAGAUGUCUCAGCCCUUCGAAGGUUUGCCUUGUCAGCCAUGGACAUGGAACAGAAAGACUAUGACUCCCGCACAGCCCUGCAUGUUGCUGCAGCUGAAGGACACAUUGAAGUUGUUAAGUUCCUGAUUGAAGCUUGCAAAGUGAAUCCUUUCGUCAAGGACAGGUGGGGCAACAUUCCCCUGGAUGAUGCGGUGCAGUUCAACCACCUGGAGGUGGUGAAGCUGCUUCAGGAUUACCAGGACUCCUACACACCAUCGGAGACUCAGGCCGAGGCAGCGGCAGAAGCCCUGUCCAAAGAGAACUUGGAAAGCAUGGUGUGAGCCUGGGACAUGCACAUGGUCCCUGCUCGAAGAAAAGCACGAGCUGGCCACACACUCAAUCCAUAACCACCAAACAUGCUAUGGACAGCCACACUGCUUCAGUGGGGACCAAGACUUAGGCCACCGCUUUCUGUGAGAGUGAAAAUACCCCAAUCCCUCGACAGACAGAGUCUAGAGAAGUGCCUUGGUGGACACAUGCAGUACAGCAAUCCAUGGAGACGAUGAGCUUCUUCGAGGUACAGCCUAAUGGUUUGGCCCACUCAGAAUCAUCCCAGGUCCCCUCUCCCUCCCCUAAAGAAACCAUCAUGAGAGACAGAGAUACUCUGGAAAAGGGGCCCUAGCCACCAUGCACAGGUAUAUGUCCAAAGAGGAAGUAGGACAGCCAUGUAUCAGGUUUUAACAGUCUGGACAGGUCUGCCCUUCUUGGCUCGAAAGUACUGCUGCUACUGCUAAUUUUAUAGACAGAGAAAGUAUUUUGUGCUCAAAUAAACUUUAAUUACACAAACUA